GCACAUACAAUUUGAGGUAUAAAAUAUACUCGGGUACAUCCCUAUUGGAAAACACACACAACAGAUAGAUCGUGCGAGGAAUAAAUUCGGAAGGAAAAUGAAACCUACCAGUAGAAAUUAUAUCAUCCUCCUCUUCCUCUUCCAAUUCUACCUCAUUGUGAUCCAUUAUUACCCUUGGCUCAGCCAGGCGAUGGCGAUCUCAGAGCGCGCACGACCAUCGCUAUGCAACGGCUCAAUAGCCGAUUGCAACAUCGUGGACACGGAGUUACUAUUGGAGUCGGAAGUUAGCCGGAGAUUUCUCGAGGAAAUGAAACACAUCACGCCCGGUGCACUGAAACGCGACGAGCCUGUGUGCUACAGUGGCGGCCCCGGUAAGCCUUAUACACGAAGCUGUGUUCCCGAACCUUCUCACCAUUACGAUAGAGGGUGUUCAAGUUACUACCGUUGUAGAGAUGCUCAAUAACUCUGUUUUCUUGUUUCUUAUUAUCCACGCUGAUAAAUUCCCGGAUCUGUUAUGGUUUUUCCUUUUUAUUUAAGUGUAUUUGUGUGUUUCUUUCUAGAUCCGUUCAGAUCUUGCCUGGAAUACUUGUUUCUUCUAAAUAAAGUUGAUGUUUUUUGUGUGUACCAAAAUAUUUUUCUUGUUUCACUUAAAUUAAGAAUUUUUGUGAUAUUCAUGUGUGUUCUAAAGAAUUAAGCUAGGGGUACACCAACAUGAGCCCUGAACAAAAAUGAGGUCAGAAGGACAAACCUUGCGUAUUGUUUCUACUUCUUUGUUCCUUUUAAUUAAAAUAAAACCUUCCUUUCACUUCCCUACAUCAAACCCACGAAUUUCCCAACUCUUUUACCCAAAAAUCAGGCCACAUUAUGUUUUAAUCAAGACAAAAUUCAACC